AUGGAAGUGCCAAUGCUAUUCUUUCCGCAUGAUAUUAUAGAGCAAACCCUUUUCAAACUGCCCACAAAAUCUCUCUUGCGGUUCAAGUGUGUUCGCAAAUCUUGGCCUGACUUAAUCUCAACUCGCAAGUUUGCUAUAAAACAUCUCACUGAAACAUCUGAAAGGUUCCGCAGAUUUGGAGUCUUCAAAUCAGGAAACUUAAGGGAAGGUUGCAUUUCUGUAUACAGUCUUGCUGCUCAAGCCGCAUCGCAUACUGAAGAAGCUGAAGAAGAGACAAUUUGUCUUCCCUUAUGGGGAGAAGAUUGUUGUCUGGCUCCUGCAGCUAAUGAAUGCAUUAUCAACAGAUUCGUCUACACAAGGGUAUUGGGGUCUUGUAAUGAAGAGGAGAAAUUCAAGGAGUUUCUAUCUCCUCUUCUUUCCGCUGGCACUCUCAAGACUUAUUUAAGUAAUUAUGAAGAUUGCCUUUGUGAAAUUCAACUUCGACGGGAAAAACGUAUUAUUGAUUAUACGUUAGAGGUUUGGAUUAUGAAGGAAUAUGGGGUGAAUGAUUCACGGAUUAAAUUGUUGAACUUGCCAUUUGAUUUGAGGUUUUCUUUAAUGAGUGACAUAAGACCAUUGGUUGUUUUAAAGAAUGGUGAUGAAGUGGUCAUGGUUACAGAUUGGAGUGACAUGAUUUCAUUCAACACUAAAACCGGAGAAGUGAAGGAAGUUUCCUUGCGUGCUGAUAGCGUUGAUGUGGUAGCUUCUUAUAAGGAGAGUCUUGUUUCACCAAAUCAAUUCUGCUCAGAACAUGGUAAAUACUAA